GAAACCAAGGCUACCAACCUAAUGUCCCGCCGCGACGCAAAAUUCACUCGAAAUCUCCGUUUAUUGAGAAGGGAUUUUACAAGUUAUCAGUGAAUUUUGACAAUGACGGACUUAAGAUAUAAAAGAUACGAAAAGUCUUUAGGUCUACUUACAACGAGAUUUGUUUCUUUGCUGCAAAAGGCCAAGGAUGGUGUUUUGGAUUUGAAAAUCGCGACAAAUUUACUGGCGGUUGGACAAAAAAGGAGGAUAUAUGAUAUCACAAAUGUUUUAGAAGGUAUCGGUUUGAUAGAGAAAAGAAGUAAGAACAGUAUACAAUGGAAGGGAACAGGACCUGAUUGCAAUACAAGUGAUAUUGGUGAAAAAGUUAUAUUACUGAGAAGACAAAUAGGGCGCCUUGACGAACAUGAACGAUUACUUGACAAGCAACUGCACUGGGUUGAACAAAGUAUAAAGAAUGUUUUAGAUGACAAUGAUAAUAAGGAGUGUUGUUUUGUUACCGACAAGGACAUACAUGACUGUUUUGUAGAUAGCCAAGUUUUAGUAAUAGAGGCACCAUUAGGAGCUGAAUUUUCAGCCGGUGGGAUACCUAAUAAGUAUAAGCGUAAACACUCAAUAGUUGGGGGUCCUGGUCUCUCAUAUGAUACUCAGCAGGUUGGUGUUAUGAAACUCCAUAAAAGUGAUGAGGAACAGCAUUAUUUUUUACACGUGAAAUCAACAGAAUCCAUUGGUGUGAUACUACUCUGUGAUAAAGAACAAGAAAAGGAUGCAGAAGAUGAAAGUAUGGAAGACAGUGAAGUACAGAAGUUUACAGAGAACAGUUGUGGUGAUAGCUUUAAUCCUAACAACUACCUGUUAAGACUGAGCCCUCCAGUUACAAAGUACGAUUUCUCAUUUUCGUUGCACGGAACAGAAGGUUUAUGCGACUUAUAUGACAUCCCAUGUUAACAUUACUAUAGUUACUAAGCAUUCUUAUUGACUUUCUUUUGAAAGACGUUUUUAUUAAUCAUAUUUUUGAUCAUGUUGAAGUUAUAUUGUAAACUGAAUUGUAAAUAUAUUAUGUAAAUAAGCUAAAUCGUAUCGAAAUUAUCAAAAGGAAAUAAAUGACUAGUUUAUAUGUAUACAAA